CUGUACAAUACAGCGUACACAAUAUGUACAGGUACCGUAUCAUGCGAGAGCAGGCUCAUCAUGCUCGUAUACCGCGAAUGGUCGCUACUCACCACACACACAAAACUGAUUGUUUUCGUUUGCUCGCAAGUAAACAUAAUACAUCUUCGCCAGCUGUUUUCGUUUUUCCCACGGUUAUUUUCAAAAUCCUGACUUUCAAAUACUCAUGUCUAGCUUUUAGCGUUGAUAUUAAGUGAAUUAUAUUUACUGAUGUUCGCUAAAGAGGUUCUGGUACUUAUUUGAUUUAUGCAAUCGAUCCAUAUCCUUGAUGGUUGUUAGAUUGUCAUUGUCACAAGAAAUUUGUGGACAAACUUCGGUUCAUGGAACAUUUCAGUCUCAUGGAAAUCGGAAUUCUUGCACUCUUCUGGUUAUUAUUAAGGACAUUUGCUUUGAUAGCUGCGGUAGUAUAAUAUAAAGUCUACCUCCAGAUUAAAAUGUUAUAAACCUGUGAAAUACAAUUCGGGAGAAAUGCCUUGUGCCUUAUGGCGUGAUCCGGCACAAAGGCAUGUCAUGGUCACAAAUAACACGUAAUAUCCAUCUCGGCGACGCCGAAGACAUCCCCGCUAUUACCGCUAACGCUCGCAGAUUGCGCCACUCACACGCAGUGGCGGCUCGGAGCGGCGGAAGUCCGCCUACUUUUUUAGUCCAGCCGCAAGCCUCUCUCCGUGGUUGCGCCAAACGUUCUCACACACGAUGCGCCAUGAGAAUUGACAAGAAAACCUUUACGUCAUUGUACAAGAGCUGCUGAUGAGCGCAGUGGGCAUGUGAGCGUUUUCUGGGCCUGCGCAAGCGGCGUUUGUUCCCAAGAUUACAGGCACCUUAUCGAUCUGCUGCGCGUGGAUCCCGCGAUCGGCUGCUUUAUUUCGGCGAGGAACAGCGAAACGCAGCCGAGAGACAGAGAGGGAGAGACAGAGCGAGCGAGCAGAGGAGUGUGAGAAUCUGGCGUUAUAUUGGCAUCUGGGAUUGUCCAUCUCUUCCCCGUGUGUUUUUUCGGCUCGGGAUCGUUGUGGUGUUCUGCUGCAGCCUCGAUCGCCUGGUGUUGGUGAUUAUGUUUGACUAAUGUCACACAGUAUGCACACAGCGUAUCCGACCAGGAUUGCUGGUGGUUAUUAUUGUUGCGGAGUUUAUGCUUUUCUUGCGGAUAUUAUGUGAAGCAGCGGAAGACGACUGCGAGGAUGCUGAUUAAGGAGUACAGGAUUCCGCUCCCCAUGAGCGUGGAUGAGUACAGGAUAGCGCAGCUGUACAUGAUACAGAAAAAAUCUCGGUUGGAAUCGGAAGGACGCGACUGCGGCGUGGAGAUCAUUGAAAACCAUCCGUACGAAGGUGGCCCGGGCGGCAGUGGUCAGUUCACUCGCAAAGUCUACCACAUUAACCGCAUCCUGCCGGCCUUCCUGCGCAGUAUCCUGCCCAAGCAGUUUUCUCCCCAGGCGCAUGAAGAAGCCUGGAAUGCCUAUCCCUACACGAAGACGCGCUACACGGCGCCCUUUAUGGAGAAAUUCUACAUUGACAUUGAGACCGUCUACCAUCCUGAUCCCGGCACCCAGGAUAAUGUCUUUAAUUUGUCGGAGGAUGAACUGCGUCAGCGCACGGUCGACCUGGUGGAUGUGGUAAAAGAUCCGAUGCCGGCACACGAAUACCUGAAGGAGGAGGAUCCCAAGGUAUUCGUCUCGGAGAAGACCAAGCGCGGGCCACUGAGUGUGCAGUGGCUGGAGGAGUAUGUCAGCAAUCCCAGGAAAGGCCCGAUUAUGUGUGCCUAUAAACUCUGUCGGGUGGAAUUCAAAUACUGGGGAGUGCAAAGCAAAACGGAAAAGUUCAUCUAUGAUGUCGCGAUGAGGAAGACAAUGCUCCGAGCUCAUCGACAAGCCUGGUGUUGGCAAGACGAAUACCAUGGCCUGACCAUCGCCGACAUUCGCCGUCUGGAACGGGAAACACAGCUGGCGCUGGCUGCCAAAAUGGGCUCACAAGAUGAGAAUGCUCCUCCGUCAGGUCCGUUGUUAAGUGUAUCCACCCCUUCCGUCACCGUGAACAGCCGCCGCAACAGCACUGUUUUAUCAGCUGAAUCAGCGCCAGCAGGUAACAUCAAUAACGGUCCGGUGUUGGAGCGAUCACGUAGCGGAUCCAAGCAGUCUUUCCAUUCACCAACCGGCUCAUUCGCCCAGGAUAAUUGGGUAUUAGAGGGUCUCCGAACUGAUCUCGAUGACGGAUCGGAUGAUGAAUUUUUCGAUGCCGCAGAAACUUUCAAUGAGCCAGAAGAAACCAAAGCCAAGCCACUAGUCAGAUGGAGCUCGAUGGAGCUAACCGAAGACGAUGAACCAGUCAGUGCUCAACACAGACAAAUUGCCAAAGAAGACAGUAUUUUCUCGGCCAGCUUCAAAUCAGAUUCCAAUCGAUUGCGUCUAGUAUUGACACAGCCGCCCCGCUCCCUGCCCGGUGCAGCUGACGCUCAGCCGGCUAGCGGGGAAGCGGAAGUUGUGGAGGAAGUGUGCCGGACGUCGGUUUUGCUGAUAGUCUUCCAUGGCGGAAGUAUCCUCGACAACGGCAGCACCAUUGAUCUCACCGGUAAUCGGGCCGACAUCUCCACCUUCACCUCCUGCAUCGACACUGUCAUUAACGCCCACUACCCGGCACUGCACGGACACGUGCAGGUGAAGAAUGUCAGGUGUCCGCCCAUCUGCGGCGAAGCCUUGACCGUCUUAUCCAGUCUGACGCCAUAUAGUCUGGACUUGCCCUCGUCCACUUCGGACCCCAGCACCCCCACUGCGGCACAGGAUUUUACGCAUCUCAGCGCGUUGCCGCUUUUUGCCACAUCCAACCCCGCUUACCGGGACAUCAUUACCAAAGUGGUUAAGAAAGCUAAUCAGACAUAUGAGGAUUUCCUGAAAACCCCCGAGGGAAAGCAUUACAAGGGUCCGGUGUAUAUCGCUGCGGAUGGUACGGCGGGGUUGCUGGUGUACGAUGCCCUGUGUCGGUAUGGUACCAAUGAAGGCUCACUGUCCAGUCUGUCUUCGGAACGGAACGAGACGACAACCGUGCCACCGGAUACAGCAAAAACAACCGCAACAUCGGCUCGACCUUCCCUGCGACCUACCAUGCACCCCGCAUCACGGAGUUUGUCGAAUCCAGGAACGGGAGUCAGCAGUACCCCUAUGGCGAUUAACGCCGGCACUGUACCGACCUUUGCACCUUUGAACGAUGCGGGACGGUAUUUGUCGGCACCGGUGGUGGAUAAGAUUGGAGGGAGGAGAGCCAGUGACAACAGUGACACCAGUAUUCGCUUUGAAUUUGACGUGGGAGAUGUCUUUUUAUUCGGAUGUCCGUUGGGGUUGGUGCUGGCGUAUCGGAAAUGUAUGGAAAACGUCGACGAUAAAUUCGGUCCUCCAUUGCGUCCAUGGUGUGCUCAGCUGUUUAACCUGUUCCAUCCAACCGAUCCAUCGGCGCUGCGAAUCGAGCCGCUUCUCAGCGCUAAAUUCUCCUUUAUCAAGCCGGUUUCGGUGCCUCGUUAUCAGAAAUUCCCCCUGGGUGAUGGACGAUCGUAUUAUCUGUAUGAACACAUCCAGAAUAGUCGGCAUUUAUUUGAGGACACACCGCGGCCGGCUUAUGAUCUCAAUGAGACGAUUAACGAUGCCGUUUUCCAUCAUGAUCACUCCCCGUUCUCCCUCAACACCGUCAGCCACAUCACGCGAAACUGGUGGGGUUCAAAGCGUAUCGAUUACGCUUUAUAUUGUCCCGAGGGAACCAGCCAAUUUCCAGUCUGCGCUCUCCCGCAUCUCUUUCACGCCAGUUUCUGGGAAUCCCUGGAUGUGGUGGCUUUUAUCAUCCGCCAAAUUUUCCAACCGGAUAACAUAUUCCAUUCCGAAGACGAUAACGCAUUCCGCUUGGGCUUUUCCUCACAACGUCCCACUGAGAAAUGGCUCCGUCGGCGGACCUCGAUAAAGCUAAAGAAUAUGCAUCCAAAUCACCGGGGAAAUGAUGUGGUCGUGGGUGAGAACUGCGAGCAGGCGUUGAGUGCGCGCUUCAUGUACGGACCAUUCGAUAUGUUGACAUUGACCGGUGAAAAGGUGGAUGUGUACAUCAUGACCCAGCCGCCAUCCGGCGAGUGGGUCUUAUUUGGCACGGAAAUCACAUCCAGCCAGGGUCGCGUCACCUUCACUGUGCCGCAUGACAAGAAACUCGGACUGGGAUUGUAUCCUGUCAAAAUGAUUGUCAGAGGUGACCACACAUCGGUAGACUUCUAUUUAGCCAUAGUUCCGGCCAAGACCGAAUGCAUGGUGUUCAGUAUCGACGGCUCCUUCACCGCCUCCGUGUCCGUGACCGGGCGCGAUCCUAAAGUCCGUCCGGGCGCAGUGGAUAUUGUGCGUCACUGGCAGGAAUUAGGUUAUCUGAUUAUUUACAUCACCGGCCGGCCGGAUAUGCAGCAUCAGGCGGUGGUUAAUUGGCUGGCACAUCACAAUUUCCCCCAUGGAAUGGUACAGUUCUGCGACGGUCUGGUGGCCGAUCCGCUUAGACAGAAAACCAACUACCUGCGGGCGCUUAUUGAAGAGGCUGGUGUCAUCAUCCACGCGGCGUACGGAUCAAGCAAAGACAUCCAGGUGUACGGUGCUGUUGGACUAAAACCCGAUCAAAUUUACUGCAUUGGAAAGGCAUCAAAAAAGCUUCAAGACAGAGCAACGAUGCUGACGGAGGGGUAUGCCGCACAUCUCAACGCCCUAAGUGUGCCGGGAGGAUCCCGACCAGCGCAGGGUAAUGGCCGGAUGAUCAUCCGUCGUGGCAACUUCAGUUUACCGACUCCGUCCAGUGCACCGGAAGUGCGCCGCCAUAAGUCCAUGCAGAAAUCGUUUCGCGGUACUGCCACGGUUGCUAGCCACCUUCCGCCGGAAUCCCCGCCCCCCAGUUCCGGUGGCUCCACUUCUUCCCCCUACACUCCGCGCUUCUCCUUCAAAACCCCGGAAACCUCCCCAAAAGAUGACAGUGUCUCAUUGAAAGGCAGCUUAGGUGGUACGACAAAGAGGAAAGGCUUUUUUUCCAGAUUUUGAUGUUAUAAUUUUUGUUCUCCCAUGACGGUGUGGCCCGGUGAUGCUUGUACACUUUGAGAUUAGUUCAAAUGUAGCGAUUUCGUGACAUUCCUCAGAGCCCUUUUAAUUAUCCUAUUAUGACGUAUUCUGUCACAAAUUUUUUAUACGGUUGUGCUACCGUAAAAGCUUUUUUGUGUUUUGAAGCCAAAAGAAGUAAAAUCAAAUUGAUGUCGGUUGA